UCUGGUAGUAAGAAGAAAGUGUGGAGCUAUAAGUUGUGAAGUGUGCUUGUCAUACGACUUAACUUUUUAAACUUUGAACUCCAAUCUACAUAUGAGUAAAAAGAAAAACAACUAAUCAAGCGAAUCCUGGAAUUACACUGCCGAGAGCUGUGGAGGACUUUUCUCACAUUUUGGCACAUUCAAACACUAAAGAAAGACGGUAGUUGAUGGAAUAACUCGUUUUGAAUAGAAAAUAUGGCGAAGAUAUUAUUACAUCUGGUGCAUUUGUUAUUAUUUUUAAAUUCCGGUAUCGUGGAAGUUUUAUCAGAGGAGCCACCCGAAAUUACGCAGCAGGACAGCGAUAUCCACGGAACUACCGAUGGCACAUCCUCGCGCGAAAGCGCACGGCGGGACAUGCUCUCCAUCAAUAUGUUUAAAGUCUAUGAAAAGUACAGUAAGGAGCCCCAACGCCAUCGAGACGGAAAUACCGUUAGAAGUUUUAAGGCUAUUCCAGGUGAGUGUUCUCCUGCCCUAUAGAUUGAUGCGCUUGAUUUUAUGAUUUUAUGUACUGCACUAGAUUUUAUGUAGGCCUUUUUAAUGUAAGAUGUCCUUGAGUGUCCCGAAUGCCGUCAGCUACAUAAAAUGUAUUAUUAUUAUUAUUAUAGGUGUAUAUGUUACUGCAUGACACUAUAAUAUCACAUAACCUAAUAUGAAGUGGCAGGCUGCUGUAAGUAGAAUGCAGCAGAUACAGUAGCCUAUAUCAGUUGGAACCGUACAAAGUGACAUAAACAUCAUUUUGCAAGAGCAAAACGUGAAUAAUAAAUAAAGUUGAGCUAUUGAAUGUGUUUAAUAUAAGCAACCCCAUGCCCUGUCACUACUUGAUUCAAGCUCAAUGUGAUCAGAGAGUAUAGGCUACUGUUAAUAUCCAUGACAUAUUAGACAAAAGCCGAUUAUGACACUGACUCAGACGCCAUUAGAGGCACAUGGAAAACUCUUCUGGUGCGCUCCUAAGCAUUUCCAUAUGUCUAAGACCUUUUCAGGGGCAAUGUUUAUCUUUCAAACAGCAGUGGGAGUCAAGGGAUGAAAUUAAGAUGAUUGUUUAUUGUAAUCCAAAUGUUGUGUAUUGCAAUCAGAUUGUUAUCAUACCAUAUGGUUGCACUGUAACCUGUUGUAUGUGAUAAUAUUUCACCCACAGCUAAUCAUUCAUGGUUUUUAUGACAUUAUAGUUUGCAGAAAAACUGUUGAAAGUAGGCUACGUUGAAAAAUAAUGUUUAGAAUUGAAAAUGCUGUCGACCACACACGUCUUUCCAUUGUCUUGUCUUUAUUUUCUUUGCAGGAGUAUCCAAGAACAGUGUGUGGUUCCAUUUCAACCUGUCGUCCAUCCAGGAGUCGGAGGUCAUCCUGUCCGCCACAUUCCACUUCCUGGACCAGCGUCCCCGCCACCGACCCUGGAUCUGCCGGCGCUCCCGAAGCACUUCCUGUCGCAUCCAGCACCUCCAGCAGCAUCCCCCGUCCCAGCUCCUCUUCCGAGGAACGUCCCCAAACUCUGCCUUCGGCUCCCCACUGGGCAACGUCACUCUGCCCCCUCCCAGGAGAGGGUCCUGGCAGACAAGGGACGUCUCCACUGUGGUCAAAGAGGCCCGCAUCCUGGGAGAGCUCCUCAUCACCGCAGAGUUUGACUUUGGGGUGAGGCCCCAGAGGAACCAGGAGCGCCAUUCUCCAGCCAUCCUACCGUACGUCCUGGCAUAUGCCAACGACAUGGCCAUAUCUGAGCCCAACAGCGUGGCCAUGACCCUGCAGAGGUACGGGCCUUUCCCUUCGGGCGAGGAGCCCACCCGGUCGGCCAACGAAUCUCCUCCAGCCUCCAGGCUGAAAAGAGAAGCAUUGUCCCCCCUGGACCAAAUAGAGGACAAUGACCUGCCUGAGGUCCAGUUCAACACCUUGAAGAGCCAUGAGCUAUGGGAGAGCACUUAUUUUGCUCCCAAGAUCAAGCCCUCAAUGACAGAUGGGCGAAAGCAUGGCCAGGAGAGCAGUGAGGGGUUGAAUAAGCCCCAGGUGCUGAGCUUUGAUGAGAGGACCAUGAAGAAGGCUCGCAGGAGACAGUGGAGUGAGCCCAGGGUCUGCGCCCGACGCUACCUGAGAGUGGACUUUGCAGACAUCGGCUGGAGCGAGUGGGUGUUAGCCCCGAAAGCUUUUGAUGCCUACUACUGUGCAGGCACAUGCGGUUUUCCUAUUCCUAAGGUAGGUUAGCGUACGGUUUUACUUCAGUGUGUCAUGUAGUAUUUAUUUAGUAAAUAAAGAUGCUUGAAAUUGCUUUAAUUGAUCAGAUGAUGAAGAGCAUGCUGGAUUAAAUACACUACAUGACCAAAAGUAUGUGGACACCUGCAUCUCAUUCCGAAAAUCAUGGGCAUUAAUAUGGAGUUGGUCCCCCCUUCACUGCUAUAACAGCCUACACUCUUCUGGGAAGGCUUUUCACUAGACGUUGGAACAUUGCUGUGGGGACUUGCUUCCAUUCAGCCACAAGAGCAUUAGUGAGGUCGGGCACUGAUGUUGGGCGAUUAGGCCUGGCUUGCAGUAUGCGUUCCAACUCAUCCCAAAGAUGUUCGAUGGGGUUGAGGUCAGGGCUCUGUGCAGGCCAGUCAAGUUCUUCCACACCGAUCUCGACAAACCAUUUCUGUAUGGACCUCGCUUUGUGCACAGGGGCAUUGUCAUACUGAAACAGGAAAGGGCUUUCCCCAAACUAUUGCCACAAAGUUGGAAGUACAGAAUCAUCUACAAUGUCAUUGUAUGCUGUAUUGUUAAGAUUUCCCUUCACUAAGGGGCCUAGCCCGAACCAUGAAAAACAGCCCAAUCCCAUUUUUCCUCCUCCACCAAACUUUACAGUUGGCAAUAUGCAUUGGGGAAGGUAGCAUUCUCCUGGCAUCCACCAAACCCAGAUUCGUCCAUCGGACUGCCAGAUGGUGAAGUGUGAUUCAUCACUCCAGAGAACGCGUUUCCACUGCUCCAGAUUCCAAUGGUGGCGAGCUUUACACCACUCCAGCCGACGCUUGGCAUUGCGCAUGGUGAUCUUAGGCUUGUGUGCGGCUGCUCGGCCAUGGAAACCCAUUUCAUGAAGCUCCCGACAAAGAGUUAUUGUGCUGACGUUGCUUCCAGAGGCAGUUUGGAACUUGAUAAUGAGUGUUGCAACCGAGGACAGACGAUUUUUAUGCGCUUCAGCACUCGGCGGUCCCAUUCUAUGAGCUUGUGUGGCCUACCACUUCGCGGCUAAGCUGUUGUUGCUCCUAGACGUUUCCACUUCACAAUAACAGCACUUACAGUUGACCGGGGCAGCUCUAGCAGGGCAGAAAUGUGAUGAACUGACUUGUUGGAAAGGUGGCAUCCUAUGACGGUGCCACGUUGAAAGUCACUGAGCUCUUCAGUAAGGCCAUUCUACUGCCAAUGUUUGUUUAUGGAGAUUGCAUAGCUGUGUGCUAGAUUUUAUACACCUGUCAGCAAUGGUUGUGGCUGAAAUAGCCAAAUCCACUAAUUUGAAGGGGUGUCCACAUACUUUUGUGUAUAUAGUGUACAUGCUAGCCAAAUGUGAUGUCAUCAUCAUACUCCCUUGUGAAAGAGAAUCCCUCUUAACUCCAGCUUCUUUCCCUCUCUGGCUCCCAGGUUGCCCGGCCCUCUAACCAUGCCACCAUCCAAAGCAUUGUGAGGGCGGUGGGAAUCGUUCCCGGCAUUCCGGAGCCCUGCUGUGUUCCGGACAGGAUGAGCUCUCUGAGUGUUCUCUUCCUGGACCCCAGCCGGAACAUGGUGUUGAAGGUUUACCCCAACAUGUCUGUUGAGACCUGCGCCUGCCAGUAGAACCACCCGGAAGGAGCCUCAAUGCAUAAUGCAUGAGACAGAGUACAAUGAAUCAGACAGAGUGGAGCAGAAGAUAAAUUCAGUCAACACAGUAAAAAAGACAGACAUCUUUUGAUGAGGCUGCGAUGGAUGAACUCACCAUGGAGGGAGAUCUGGAUUAUAGAUAAGGGUUUCGGGUGGCGAGAUGCAGAGAACACUAUGUCUGACUAUCAGAAUAGUGUGAUUUACACAGACAUUUCUUUGUCAUUCAGCAGCUCAACUCUAGGUGAAUUUGGGCCUGUAUAACUGUCAGUUCCAAGUCUUCAGCCAUCCAGAGCUCCUGAUGUAUACUCGGAUUCCAAAGUAACUCAAAUAAUGGACCCUGUUGCCAUGUACUGGACUUCGGUGGAAGCUGGUGGGAGGAGC